AAGCGCGUACUGCCACUGACAGCAAACGGAACAGCAUGGCGUCUUACAGGAGUUGUUGAUAUGUGUCCUCACGUCGUCUCGCUUGAGUGUUUCUUUAUGUGUUAACGUUUUAAGACUGAUUAUCUUGUGCGCCUCUGAGAAAUGAUGGCUUGCAGAACAGCAUGUCAGAUGUUGCAGCGACGUCUGGUGUCCAGUGCCGCCACUUCAACGCGGCUAUCAUCGGCGGAGCUGCAUAGUCGGCGCAACUCCCUUUUUUCCCAGGAACAGGCUCGCCAGCGGGCGCUUUACCCACGCGUAGAAAAAAUUGAGGUCCAAAUGCAAGGGCCCGGCUUACAAGGCACACUCCUGGUCAUGAACAAAGGGAUGUCUACUCCUCACAGCUGUGCACGCCACCUGACGGAGUGGCACACGGACAGUGCGGCCCUGGCACUUGUGGACGGCGAGGCAUGGCCCCUUCACAAGCCUCUCACACAGUCCUGCUCGCUCACACUGCUCACUUUUAAAGACCCCAAUCCCCUCAUAGCCAAUCAGGCCUACUGGAGGUCUUGUGCAGCCCUUCUUGGGCAGGUUUUAGAGAAUGCCUUCAAAGACGAAUACACUGUUGAGCUUCUGAAGAUUCCUGAAGUGCCAGUGACGUCAGGAGCGUUUGCCUGUGACAUGGUGCUGGACCCACAGCUAGACUCAUGGACCCCCUCCGAGGAGUCUCUGCGGUCUCUGACGCGUGAUGCCCAGCAGCUGAUCCAGAAGGACCUGCCCUGGGAGCCCCUGGACGUUACUCCCUCCGUGGCCCUCGACAUAUUCGCCCACAGCAGACGUAAGCAGUCAGAGGUAGAGGAGUUGGCAGCUCAAAGCUCCAGUGGCACAGUAAGCCUUUACAGAUGUGGAGAGCACGUUACACUGAGCGGGGGCCCCCUGGUGGCCAGGACAGGGCUGUGCAUGCAGUACGAGGUGACGGCCAUCCACAGUGUGGAGCAGGGGGCCUGGGGCCUGCACCGCCGAGCACAGGGCCUCUCGCUCCCCCUGCAGCUACAGGCUCAUCAUACAGUGUGGAGAAAGCUACGAAAGAGGGCAGAGAAAUUGGUAGAGGUAUCAACGCCGCCCUCCGCCAGUGAAGCUGCUGCUGCACUUGCGUCUCCUGAAAGCCCUGCUCCUUCCACCCAACAGUGACACACACGCACACGCACACACACACACUGAUCUCCAGCCCCAACAUUAUGUCCUUUAUCCAUCAAUAAAUAUUUGAAGUCUGUG